AUUCGUAGGAAAACAAAAUGUCAGCGGCCAUGGGGGAAAAGUGCUCCGAUUUAAAGGCCACCUUUGAUAAUCUCAUUUUAUUACCCAAAUCCCCAAAAGACAUAUCAACUGCUGUUACAUGUCUGAUAAAGGGUGGUUGUUGUUCGAGGUGUGUACUUCGGUUUUUGGGUGAAAAGGAGCCAAGUACUUAUAGGAGAUCUCCGCAGGAAACCUUCCUUCUUGUUCAAAACUUAUUAAAUGCAAGUGAAAUUGACAAGCAAAAUGGACAUGAUGAUGGUGAAACAUUAAAACAACCAGAAGCUCAGAUUUCCACACCAUGCACAGCAUGUCUAGGAGUUUUAGCUGAGUACUGUGAAGAUGAUUUCCUUCUGCAGGUUAAACAAAAGAUUGAAAGCCAAGACUUUCAGUUUGAAAAUUUCUGUUCUGCGAUCAGCCUUCCUGUGCCAUUUCUUGUUCGAGAGCAUUCCAUCAUGGUGCUGUUGAGAGAAACAUUGCCUUUAGUGUACUUGCCAGUGUUGCCUGAACAUAUCACGCCACUGAAGGAUGUGUGGAAGUGGAUAAGUGGUCACAGACUUGCAGAGAUGCUAGGGAAAAGUUUUGAACAAAAAAGUCCUUUUGAAAUUGCAAUUUUCUUUACCCAUCCUGAGGUAGAAAAAGAAUGUAAUUUUCUAUUGGACUUGUUUCCUGAAGUGUACAGAAAGCGGAAAACUAACAAGCAUGGUUGGGAGUUGUUCACAAGAAUGAGUGUUGCCAAAUCAUUAAAUUCUUUAAGAGAUGUCACUUUUAAAAAGAAUAGCCAAUGUCCCCCAAAACCUGUAUCUGUACCUUGUACAUGUGAGGCAGUCAGAGGGACCCACACUGCAAUAUUUUUAGCAGGACGUUACAACAAAUUUAGCAGACAUUUAAGUCAGACUCCAUGGGUAAUAGAAGGAGAGAGAAAAAUGGAAAGCUCUGUGCAAGAACUAAUUGGGACUUUGAUUCAGGAGAAAAUAAAGGCUGAUGAUGUAAUUUUCUCAGCUUCUGGGAGAGAAGAUGUUGAUGUUAGAAUGCUUGGAAGGGGUAGGCCGUUUGUAUUAGAAGUUGUUAAUCCACAUGCCAGGGCAUUCACUCAGGAUGAUCUUGCCGCUUGGCAAGAGGAUAUAAAUAAAAAGACCAAAGAUAUUGCAAUACGUGACCUUCAACUUGUGUCUAGAGAAGAAACAAACAAGCUAAAGGAAGGAGAAAUGGAGAAAGUUAAAAGUUAUUGUGCUCUUUGCUGGAGCCAUCAACCUUUUACAAGCAAACAUCAGGAAAAAAUAGCGGCUGUCAAGGAUUUGAAAUUGUUCCAGAAAACUCCCAUUAGAGUAUUACAUAGGAGAGCCCUAGCAGUAAGAGAGAGGGUGAUACAUUCAAUGUCUUCAGAAAAAGUAGAUGAUUGUCAUUUUAAGUUGUAUUUAUCCACUCAGGCUGGAACCUAUAUAAAGGAAUUUGUUCAUGGGGACUUUGGACGAACAACACCAAACUUAACCACACUUCUUGAAAUGGAAUGUGAUAUUUUAGAACUAGAUGUAGAGGCUGUAGAGUUAGACUGGCCACCAAAUUUGGGAGAUCCUACGUAGGUAUCAACAUGUAGAAGUAUUCCAUUUCAACCGAUUUCUGUGAUCUUCCUGUGUAACCAUUUUGUCUUUGCAAUUUGGACGAGACACCACGUCAGAAGAAGCCAUUUCGUUUGCCUUUAUUUCAAAACAAAUUAUGUAUUCACAAGAAAUACUUUAUUCUUUGUAUAUUCACAUUAGUUGACAUUUUGCAGCUAAGAGGAGUGACCAUCACUUCUUUGGACUGUUUCAAAGAUUGUAACCUACACUUAUCAGUUUGAUAAUCUCUACCGAAUUGUGUUUGUCACUCAGCUUUUAUAAGUCACACACAGUAAGGAGAUUAUCUAAGCUUCAUUUAUUAAUAAAACGUAUGCCAGAUUUGUUUCA